GCGUCGUCCUCCCCGGCCUCCACUGCAUUCCCUCCCUUCCCGUCCGCUCCUCCCUCCUCCUCGCCCGACCCCUUCUACAACCCCUGGUUAAAGCCCUACGUACUGCCAUUCUGCCAACCCCGUUGCCAUGGCACCGCAGCCGCCUCUCUUCCCUCCCGCUGCCUUCGACCGCGGCGGCGGCGGCCUCCCUUCAUGGGACCCCAGCCGCACCUCCAACCCUUCCUUCGACCAGGGCUUCCUCAAGGCGGCCUUCGACGGCGAGCUCCACCUCGUCAAGAAGGCGGCGAGGGUGGUGGGAAGGGGGGCGGAAGGCAGUCGCCUCGCUGAGAAGAUGGGCGCGGUCAGGGACGGCUACGGCAUGGGCUUGUUGCACACCGCGGCCCUAGGCGGGAGCCUGUCCGUGUGCCGCUACCUGGUCGAGGAUAUCCGGCUGGAUGUCGAUGACGUAGGCCCGAUGGGCGAAACGCCUUUGACUGUUGCGAUUGGCCGUCAGAAUGUGGAUUUGGUGCGCUACUUUCUUGAUCAAGGUGCUGCUACAAUGAAGCUCAACGACAGUGGGAGUACUCCCCUCCACCUUGCUGCUGCAGCAGGAAGCUGUGAAAUAGUUGAGCUCUUACUCUCCAGUGGAGCUUAUGUUGAUGCACUACAUCUUGGUGGGACGGCACUGCAUUCUGCUGCCCGUGAUGGGCGGGAUGAUAUUGUGAAAGUUUUGCUAGACCACCAUGCAGACCAUAAGAUAGCUUUGGGUGGUACUGGUUAUACAGCUCUUGCUAUUGCUACUGUUGUGCACUCACUGAAAUGUGUGAAGCUCCUGCUUGAGGCUGGUGCUGAUGUGGAUGGUAAUUGUAAAGAGACACCAUUGAUCAUUGCUGCCAUUAGUGGCUCAACUGAAAUCCUGAAGUGCUUAGUUCUGGCUGGUGCGGAUGCUAAUGUUCCUGACAGUUUAGGACGAGCUCCUAUUGAAAUUGCUGCCCGCUCUGGUAGGCGUGAAGAUGUUGAGAUUCUAUUUCCGGUCACUUCUCGUAUUCCAAAUGUACGUGACUGGAGUGUAGAUGGGAUCAUUAGGCAUGUAAAAUCAGUGCGUCCAGUGAAGAAAGCCAUGCUUACUAGUGCAAAAUCUAAAGCGCAUGAGGCGUUCAAGAACGGGAACUAUUAUCUUGCAGCAAGAAUUUACAAAGAGGCAAUGGCACUUGACCCUGGUAAUGCAACCUUGCUUUCAAAUAGGAGUCUAUGCUGGCUUCGCCUCGGUGAUGCAAAGAACGCCUUGAAUGAUGCUCAAGCUUGCAGUAUGAUGCGACCUGGCUGGCCAAAGGCCUCAUAUCGUCAAGGAACUGCUCUAAUGUUACUGAAGGACUAUGAAAAGGCAUGUGAUGCAUUUCUUGAUGGUCUUAAAUUGGAGCUUGGGAACGUAGAGCUGGAAGAUGGAUUACGGCAGGCUUUGGAAUCCUUGAAGAUAUAUUGCAGUAGCCCUGGGCAAGACUAGCUGGAUGAGCAUCAUCAAGUAGAUGCGAGAAACUUGUAGUUACCAGACUUACACUGCUCACUGGAGAGACGGAGGUGCCCUGUUUUUCUGUCUCAUAGGGCGUAGCUGAAGGGUUUGAAUCAGACAAGUAGAUUGGGUAGUUUGGAUGGCCUUUUGCUGAUCAUCAGCUAUAUCGUGAGAAACUAUGAAAUACCUUCCUCACUGGAUGGUCGAGACCGUUCUGCUGAUUGCAAUUUCGGGAGCAAAUGCUGUUCAGUAUGCAGCAUUUUUUUUUCUAUGGUUCCGUGGAUAGAGAAACAUUUCUACCAUGGACAUUCCUAGUAAUAGCCUCUUAACUGACAGUAUUGCCAGAUUGACGUUGAAUGCCUGUGUCUUGCUUCAGAUCUCAUGUCAAGCUAAAGAUCAUUGCCCAUAGACUUUGAUCAAUGUGGGUGGGGCAUAGGGCAAGUAAACCCGAAACUUGGAGCUUGUAUGGUCAUGAUUGUUAGGAGACUUUGCUGACGACGAACUGUUGAGCUUUACAUGAUUCUCGUCAAUGUAUAUUCUCUAGAAACUGGUCUUUAUUUCUAAUGUCUGAAUUGAUGGAUAGUCUCCACGGUUUAUUUUUGCUGUUUUUUUUUGUCCCCCUCCCACCACGACCACUCCACGCUGUUUUCCUCCGGGGUUCGGAAGAAAAACGGUUCAGACAUCGCACGAGUCGCUCGUGUCCCAGAUCCCCUAGCACGCGCUAGGGUUCCUCACGCCGCUGCCGCAACAACAUGGUGUUCGUCGACCUUUCCUGCCUCCCGCGCUCUAGGGUUCCUUGCGCUGCAGCCGCCGCAGCCGCAGCAUGCUAGAGCUCUCUUCCAGCAGGUCGACGAGCGCGCAGCGACGAAGGAACCCGACGGCGACGGUGAGAAUAUAGAUGAUAGGAGAAUGGGGGAAGAUAUAAAUGCCUUGAUUGAAUAAAUAAAUGGAGGAUUCAUGGGGCUUCACUAAUGGAUAGCAUCACACUGUCGCCUGAAAUUGCAGUAGUGUAUACACCCAGGGUGUCAUAGCUUUGGCUGGACGUAAGAACAUGCUUGGAGGUGAUUGGUAAUUUAAGAUUAAUCUUUGUUGCAACAUAGCUUCUGGCCAGGAAUUAUCGGGACAUUUUUACCAAGCGCCUACAUGCUCAUGUUAGAGUUAAUGGAGGAUGAAGUGUGACCGUACUAUCUCCUUGUGUCUACAACGACGUGUGCCAGUACUGUCUCCUUGACCGGCUCCUUAGGCUCUCCCUGUGCGGUAGCGGCUCAAUCUCCGUGGUGCCGUCGAGGAGGGGCUGGGGCGGCCGUGUCUGGUGCGCUCUCGCUACUCAUCGACCUUGCUGUUACUACCUCAUCCUUGAAGCCAUGGGUGGCCUCUAACUUUCCCUUUGGAGUGUUCAAUGCAAACUGCAAAAGUAGAGCUGGUUGGCUAGCUGUUGAUUUGAUCGGGGGAUAGCAUAUGAAGUGAGUAAACAGAAAGAAAGUGAGCAUCCAAGCAGGAACUGCAAAUGCUCUAUUUUAGUCAAAGCAUGGGAAUGUGCACAAGGGAAAGGCAUGUAUAAGUAGCACAAUCGUGGUGCGCAUGUGAAGUCUAGAAGCGGAUGGCACAAAGUUGGGAAAGUUGUCUUCUAAAGGUUGAUGUCCCGGGCAAGACGCAGUACCUCAUGUUUGUCUCUUUUUGGGACAUGCUGCAACACAUGGGCAAGUUGGAGAUUGGAGAAGUCGAUUGGGGGCUUGAGGCAUGAGAGGAUACCAUGAGAAGGGUAGUCAGGAGGAAGCUCUAGAGUCUACAUUCAGCACCAAAGCCUGCACCAUAGCAGAGAACAAUGAUGAAUGCAAGGUAUAUUAUCUAGGAAAUAUAUCGCUUCAACCUAAUGAUCCAUGAUGGUGUCAGCUCGAUUUGAUUCUGGAGGCUUCCUUUGCUCAAUAUAGGGAUUGUGACAUGUUUGGGUGGUCUGCAAUGUGGACUUGUACAUUUCAAGAAAUGCAAGGUAUAUUAUCUAGAAAAUAGAUCGCUUCAACCUGAUGUCCAUGAUGGUGUCAUGCUCGAUUUGAUUCUGGAGGCUUCCUUUGCUUAAUAUAGGGAUUGUGACAUGUUUGGGUGGUCUGCAAUGUGGACUUGUACAUUUCACGGUAUAUAAUACUGAUGAAUGUUAGACUAAUACGUUACAUAGGCAAUGGUACUGCGCCUUUCUCGCCCAUAUCUCUCUAUACAUAUUUCUCCACUUAUUAGUGACCCCCUAAUCAAUAGAACCUGUAUGAUCUGUAUAGACUAGCUAGAGCACAACAUAUUUUCGUGAACAGGGGAGAGUAGAGAUUCAUAUUUAAAAGAAAUUUUGCAAGUUUUUGUGGCAUUAUAUUCCAAAUUUUUAGGCAUUGUAUUCCAGAUUUCUUUUGGCAUGUGUUUUUGUGACGUGCAGCGAAUAGGCGGGGAAAGAGCAACAUGGCCAAGCAAGUGUUGAGUAAAGAACCAUGAGAAUAAACUGAGUUUUUGAUUUUCUUUUUUGGGUGCACUUUUAAUGUUGCAUGGACUGAGCAUACACUGAUUUUUUUACUUCUUCCAUCGUGUAGCUACAGGAGCACAAACUAAGUCCCCCUGUCCUCCCCUCUCAUCCGCGCAGUUGUCGCCGACUACGCGUGUGCCUCCCGUUGUCACCACUGACUCCCUUUACUGUAAGAGUGUUCAUCAUUUCCGUAAUUGCCGUGAAAGAUAUCUAACCUCUAAUAUGAGGUUGUAAGAUUACUUUGGUUAAACUUUCUAUUUACCCCCUUCAGGACAAUUGUAUAUGGCAUUUGGUUAUUCAUGUACACCAGUAUGACUCAUGGCAUUUCUGGAUUGUCAACAGCCCUGAUCUGAUUGUUUGAUGUACUUAUAUCAUUUUCUUUUCAGUCACCUCUUCAUCCGAGCAGGGGUGGCGAGGGAACAGAAAUGGUCGUGGUGAAAGUCGAUUUAGUGCAUCAAGAAUUGGAGGUUGUGAGAUUUGCAAGAGGUGAUGAAGGACAAUUUGUUAUCGUGCCUUAUAACAUAUAGCAGUCGAUGAUGAGUACAAGCAUAAGAUGGUUGACAAUCUGUAGAGCAUGAGACAUACUUUUACAAUCUGUAAGAGGAUCAAAUAAUAUGUUUUGUUGACAAAGAUGAUUUUGGAAUUUCUAUAUAACAUGCAUGUACAAUAUGUUAAUGAA